ACUAUUGUUAAUAACUUUUCUACUGUAACUUUGACCAAGGCCUCUACCCUUCUGUCCAUCUCCAUCUUUAUAAUCUGAUAGCCAAAAGCAUCCUAGCAAGCUACAUACAUACAAGGAAAUCACCAAUCUGAUAUCAACAAAACAUCCUAGCAAUUAAGCUCCAUACAAGGAAAGGAAAAAUGGCUGACGCUGUCAUUAGUGCCACUAUUCAGGUUGCCUUGGAGACGGCAGUAUCUCUUGCCACUGAUAGGAUUGGUAUGUUAGUUGGGUUCAAGAAGGAUGUGGCCAGCAUGACACGAUCUCUUCGCUUUAUCAAUGCUCUCUUGGCUGAUGCUGAGGAAAGGCAACAAAACCAGGACCGGGGAGUGCAAGAAUGGUUGAAGAGUCUGGAGGAAGUGGCUUAUGAUGCUGGCAAUGUGUUGGAUGAGCUCAACUAUGAAUCUCUUCGUCACCAGGUGGAGUCCCGAAACCAGCACAAGCGAAAGGUAUGCUGCUUCUUCUCCUUCUCUAACACUAAUCUUGCUUUCCGUUGGAGAAUGGCUUCUAAGGUCAGGGGCAUCAAACUUAAGCUGAAUGAGAUCAAUCAAGAAGCCAGUGAUUUGGGACUGUUCGAGAGGGCAGUCAUGACAGCUGCCCUCCCUGCUGCUGCUGAUGCUGGAGACAAAAGAAAUCGGCAGACCGACUCUGUUGUUGCUCCAAUGAUUGGAAGAGCCGAUGAUGAAUCAAAGAUAGUCAAGAUGCUGUUGAGCCCAUCCGAGAAGGUUGUUUCUUGUCUUCCCAUAACUGGUAUGGGAGGUCUAGGCAAAACAACUUUGGCUAAAUCGAUAUACAACAACAAGCAAAUUGAUGAGCACUUUAACAAAAAAAUUUGGGUUUGUGUAUCAAAAAAAGCUCCGAUACUGGAUCUUUUCAAACUCAUUUUAUUGCAAUUGACCGAAAAAAAGGUUGAAGUGGAAGAAAAGGUUGAAGUGGAAGAUAGGAAUGUCAUCGUUGGAAAAAUUGGGAAUCAACUUGGGGGAAAAAGAUAUUUCCUAGUUCUUGAUGAUGUGUGGGAUGAUGAUCAGGCAUUGUGGGAUGACUUUUUCACCACCUUGAGGGGACUCAAUCCAACCAAUGGAAGCUGGUGUCUUGUCACUACUCGUAUUGGUCAGGUGGCAGAUAUUGUGUCUGGAGCUUUGAUGAUGGAUGAUGAAGCCUAUGCCUUAGGAAGGCUACCUGAUAAUCUUUGCUGGUCUAUCCUAAAAGAAAAAGUAGUUGGAGGGGGAGAAGUACCUUAUGAACUAAAAGCAAUUAAAGAGAGAAUAAUCAAAAGAUGUGAUGGUCUACCAUUGGCUGCAAGUGUAAUCGGAGGUCUGUUACGUUUAAAGAGAAAAGAGGAGUGGCAAUCAAUUUUGGAGAAUAGGCUCUUUAGGCUUAGUGGAGAUGAAGAUCCUGUCAUGCAAAUACUUAAGUUGAGUUUUGAUAAUUUGCCAUCUCCAAACAUUAAGAAAUGUUUUGCAUAUUGUUCUAUUUUUCCCAAGGAUACUGAGAUGGAAGGAGAUAUGCUCAUCGAACUUUGGAUGGCAGAAGGUUUCCUCCAAGGAGAUCUCAACAGCCAAAUGAUGAUGGAGGAAAUUGGAAUGAAUUAUUUGAGAAUUUUAUUGCAGAGUUCGUUGUUGGAAGAAAUAAUAGAUGAGUCAGAAACAUCAGCAUCUUAUAAGAUGCAUGAUCUAGUGCACGACCUUGUAGAGUUAAUAUCAAAGUCUACCAAAGUCUUUAAUAGUGGGGAUGCUCAGAUAAUAGACAAUGGUAAUCAGAUUCGUUACCUUGCAACAGACUCAUUUGGUGGUGGAGAAGACAGAGAAAAACUUUUGGAGAGUCUAUCAACUUCGCUUCAUACAUUAUUCAUCGUAAAUGGUUACUUAUCUGGUGAUAUGUUAAUGAAGUUGAAGAACUUGUAUGUUUUGAAUUUGUCUCGUACAAGAACUCGAGAGCUACCAGUCUCAAUUGGCAAACUGAUACAUUUGCGGUAUGUAAACCUUGAGUGGUCUGAAAUCAGUAUUUUGCCAAACUCUCUUUGCAAGCUUUAUAAUCUGCAGACAUUGGCGCUAAGUGGCUCAAAUGUUAAAGAUCUUCCGAAGGGAACGUGCGAUUUGAUUAGCUUGAGACAUCUCCACUAUUACAAAAGUGAUAAAGAAUUUCAAAUGCCGCUAGAGAUGGGACAACUGACUUGCCUUCAGACGCUAGAGUUCUUUAACGUGGGUCGAGAGAAGGGUCGACGAAUUGGAGAGCUUGGAAGCUUGAAGAACCUCAAAGGCAAAUUGAGGAUACGCAAUCUGGAACUAGUAAAGGAUAAGGAAGGAGCCGAGGAAGCAAAACUAUCUGAAAAGGCAAAUCUAUUUAGGCUGUAUCUUGAGUGGGCCCCUGAUCGAGAAGGCGACGACUACAAUGACGAAGAUGUGUUAGAUGGCCUUCGACCCCAUCCAAAAUUGGAGGAGUUGGUAAUUUGGAAUUUUAUGGGCGAUCAAUUUCCUCGAUGGUUAAUGGAUUUGCCAACAACAACAACGCUCCCCGAGUCAGCAACAGCACUCCCCAAGUUAGCGAGUUUGGCAUUUAAUUUCUGCAACAGAUGCAGAGAACUCCUUCCCCUGCAAAACUUUACGUCUCUUAAAGAGCUGGAGAUUUAUCGUUGCAGUGGGUUGACGACUCUGCCAGGUGACAUGCUACACUCUUGUGCCUCUCUCCAGAAGCUUUGGGUGUCUCAUUGCGACAAUCUUAUCUCCUUUCCGCUUGAUUUGCAACAAACGCCUUCUCUCUUGGAGCUGGAAUUAUACUGCUGUCCCAAACUGAAAACAAGCAUGACGCCCAAAGGAUUUGGUUUCCUAACCAGCUUAAGGGAGCUUGCAAUUGGUCCCUUCUCAGAUGAUGAUGGUGAUGAUCAUGAAAAUUCUUCAAUUUACAAUGAGUUUGAUUGGUCUGGAUUGAUAUCCUCCUCCUCCUCCUCUUCGUCAUCCGCACUCCAUGAAUUAGAAUUAUAUGGGUUGCCACACAUGGAGUCCCUGCCACCUCAGAUCCAAUACUUGACCACUCUGACGUCACUAAUGCUACGUGAUUUUGGAGGUGUAAAAGCUCUGCCAGAUUGGUUCGGAAACUCCGCUGCUCUUGAAGAGCUUUAUUUAAUUGGUUUCAAAGAGCUUCGACAUCUGCCCUCUGAGGAUGCCAUGAGAAGUCUCACCAAACUAAAAAAGCUACGGGUCAUUGGUUCUCCUCUGUUAAAAGAAAGAUGCACUCCUGAGAGCAGCGGCCCCGACUCCCAGUGGUCCAAAGUUUCUCACAUUCAAGACCUAGGCAUACGUUGAUUAAUAACCAACUUUCAUCUUCGGAUCAAAUUCAAUCAUGAGUGAUAGAAGAAUAGCUUCACGAACAGAGGUUAGAAUUUUGAAGCUUCUUCACACCAUACCUUUUCGACAGAAAUGACCUAUCAACGUUCAGAACAACUAGCAGUAAUUGCUCAUUCAAUUGCGAACCCAGUAUCUUGGACAGAAAUGUUUAUGAUGGCCCUCUUUUCUUUCAUAUUGCUGCCUCAAAUAGCCAAAUGUCCUUAUUGUCGAAGCUUGCACACUGUCAAUCUGCCAUUUCAGUCACGAGGUCUAGCAAUAAGAAUUUGGUACCUGAGACUCAGCAGAAAGAUUUUGUAUCUGCUAUUUAGUGGUGUUAUGCUCAGAGCUCACGGGAGACCUCAAUGGCUUAAUUACUGCCAUACGUAUCAAUAUCCCAUUAUUCCUUCUUCAACCACAUCAUUUUCAUACUGGAGACAAACUUAUAGAAUGGCACUCUCUUUUGCUUCUAAGUGACUGAGAUGCCUUCAACCUGUUGGUCAUGACAUUAGGUAGUAAUUCAUCAAUUAUGGACCUCAUUUGCUAUUCUGUCUCAUACUGCUUGCCUCUCAAAUUAGCUGCAAUUUAGUUGCCGAAAAUUGUCAGUCUGUCUUUAUGACUGCUUAUUGUCUGUUAGUUGGCCUCUGCAAGCUACUCACCACCCUUCUUGAAGUUGUAUCUUAGCUCCAUUAGAUACAACAUGAUUUUAUGAGCUUGCCUGUUCUCUUUUUGCAGUUAAAAAUCGUAUGUCUAGAAUGAUGCUCUUACUUUAAGAUUCAUAGUUAUUCCAAAAUUACGGGGUCUAUAUGAUGUUGAGUAAAUCUUAUGUUGGUAGUCGCUUGACCAAAAAUGAAGAAUUGCAUGAAGUUGUUCUUUUCAAUUUUGUCUGGCGUCUUUCUUAGGUUUCUGUAUCUUGAUUGAAAGUUAUAGGUACUCCAUAAACAUUACCAUAAAUAGGUGAUGGUUACAUGUCUUCAAUGGAAGCUUGACUUAAUAUCUUGUUUGUGUAUGAAUAACCAAAGGCACAAGAUUUUCUUGGGUGACCAAAGCAAGUUCUGCAUAAAAGAGAAGUGAAACAAAUUAACUAAUCAAGUAACAAUGUAAAAGAUUAUUUCUAAGAUUAGCUCUCGCUUUAAACUCACGAUUUGCAUCAGGAUGAAAUGAGUUCUCUGCACUUUUGUCCGUGGAAAAUGCAUUUGCAUUUUAUAUUCAUAGCAUCUGCAGAAAAUUUGUGAAACAUUUUCUAUAUGUCUUUAGAUCAGCAAUGCUGAUGAGUGAUGACACUCCUUUCUUCAAAACUUUCCAAGCUGAUUUUUGUGGUCUCUUGCUUAGACAAACAGAGGUUAGAAUUUUGAAGCUUCUUCAGUAACAUCUAUAUGGCUGGAACUCAAUAACUUUUGGCCCGCAUUUCCUACAAAUAUCCUAUUAAUGUUUAAAACAACUAGCAGUCUAGUUUUGUUUAUUUUAAAUGUCUGUUUCUAUGGAUUUUAAUUUAUUAUUGCUAAAGUCAGCUCACUCUAUUUAAAAUUGUGAUUCUAAGGGGAUGAAAUGGUUUCUCUGAACUUUGACCUCUUGAUAAUGAACUCGCUAACUUAUCUGAACUAUUUGUUUAGUAAUUGCUCUGUCAGAGUCAUAUAUGACGGUUGUCUGACUCACUUUUCCUGCAUUUUGACUUUUUGACUUUUGAGCCAUGAAGACAAUGGUCAAUUGAGGAGUUUUCGUAGCUGUUGGUCAUCAUUUUCAUGUUUUGGUUCAAAAAUUCUGGUAAUUUUAGAUAUGCUUCUCUUCUUUCACUACUCCAUUUUGACUUUUAACCACUUUAAUAUGUAAUAUAUCACAUAUAAAACAAAAGAAAUCUUGCACAAAACUUGGUGGAGUAUCUUCCAACAUUCUUGUCUAAGUGGAAUAUUUUGAAGCAUUCCGGUAGUUGGUCAAGUCUGUUUGUUGCGACUUUCAGCUCUUAAUGAAUCCACCUUGAUAAAGGCUCUUAAGCUCUCUCUGCUUUUAUGAUUGUUGGUUGCUUCCUUUUUUAUGGUAGGUUUCUCCUUCUGGGGCUUCAGUUACAAUGAUAGAAAACCUGCAAUUAUUUGAAAAUUUCCAUUAGCUUUAUUCUGUCCUGAAAGUCGUCUUGAGUUUGAGUUUUUGUGCUUUGCUGUGAUUUUAGCACAAAGCUUAACAGGGAACCUAAUCGAUGGCUCUUACUGUCUUUACUUUUUGAAAGUCCUGCAAUUCCUUGCUGAACAAGAUCCUGCUUCAGUUGAAUAGUGACAUCUAGGAUGGCAUUCGCUUUCGCUCUGUGCCUCAGAUGGCCAAAGUCUGAGAUAUCCAUUGGGGUAGGUUCUUUUAAACUGUCCAAACCAUUCAGUGAUAUUUAGUCAGGAUAAUGAGGGGCUGAUGUACAUGUUUUAGGAUUCAAAUUGUCAUCUGUGGCAUACUGCUCACAGUUAGAAGUUAGAACUAACUAGUGCUUUGGUAGCAGUUAAAUGUGGAUCCCCAUAGCUCUACUGUUCCUCAGCGGCCCAUAGCUCUACUGUUCCUCAAUGCCUCAAUGUAAAAUGCAAAUUGCCUAUCAUUAUUUUCAAGCUUAUGAUUGUGCUUACUUGCUUUGUGGUUGGAACCAAACCACUGUAAUUGUAAACACGACUCAGUACUUGCUUAUCCAUUUAGUUUCAUAACAAACAAGACAUAUUUUAGCCUUAUGUAAGAAUGACAGAACAAAACUAUUGUCGAAUUUUCUGAACUUUCUGAUUAGCUUUCUUGUUCACAUAUUGUCUCAGCUCGAGUUUUCUGCUCUGCAAUGAUCUCAGGCUUAAAUGCCAACAGAAAUCUACAAUUGGACUUACUUACUGAUUGAAUUACACAGCUUGUAACUUUUGAAAACUUUGUUGAAUCAAAUCCUGUUUCAAUUGGACAGAAAUGAUUAGGAUGGCACGCUACAGGCACACUUUUCUUUCUUCCUAGUGCCUAAAACCUGAUAAAAUGCUCUAUCUUUGUCAGCUGGCCUCUACAAACUGCUCACCUGAAUUUCUUUCCCCAACUUAUGUAAUGUCUUUCAAGAUCAAGAGCCAUCAUUACCGUGAAUUUCUGCUGAUGAUCAUGGGGGUUUGGUUGGCGGUAGAGCUUGUAUUAGAGAAACAGAUUGACAAUGAGAAGCUUGCAAAUUUUCAAGAAGUACUGUAACGUUAGGGAAUUUGUUUUAAAUGGAUUAGUAGAUGUACUUAUUAUCAAGUUUUAUUUCCUGCUCAUUAGUUUUAGAUCAAAGGCAACAAAAAGAAACCCUUUCUCUCUGUAAGAUUCCUAGCUCAAAAAUGACAUGAAAUUUGCUCUUCUAUCUUUAUUGUAAUGCAGGCAAACAUGCCUUCCUGAGAUUUUCAAUCUAAAAGCUCCUCAGCCAACUAAGUACUCUAAAAGUUCAUUUGGUUAUCAAUUUGCUAGAAAAGAAUGAUAAUGCGUUUACAUUCAUGAAAUAGAUUGUCAAAAUCAAAGUUUGAUGGAACACAGAAAAUUAUAGAGAGGCAAUGACGGACAAAGAUUUUAGGAGUCAAUUUCUAAUUUUUUGUUUCUUCAGGACAACGUACUCCAGUAAAAUCAUUACUAAAUUCUUUUAAAUCUAUCCAAUAUCAGGUGAUAAAUAUUGUAUGGUAAGAUGAUUUUGUUGCAAAAUAUCUGAAGUUUUAAAACGUCUGUUUCCAAGAUGUUGUCUAGUAAUGUAACACUAAGGACUGAAGAAUUAUCAUUUUGCAAGUUGAUUGCAGGUUGCAAUUAGAGAUCUCAAUCAUUAAUUGUACUACCUUAUAAGCUGUGAAUUAUGGAAGUAAAUUAGCAAUUUUAGAACUUUAGUUUGUCAAAGCUGAAAACUCAACAGAUGUUCGAGAGCAAGUUAUUUGAUGUGGAGUGUGGACAGUUUAACACGAUGCCAAAGCUGAAAAACUUUUUGUAUUUACAUCUACGGUACAAAAUUCUUUUUUUUUAAGUAAAAACUAGCAGUUUACUUUUGCUCAUCUCAUAUGUCUGCUACUUCCAGUUUACUUUUGUAUUUCCAUCAUGUCUGCUCUGAUCUCUUUUAAAUAUAUUUAUCAUCUUGCUCCAAAUUAUCUGAUAAUUGGUAUUCUUAUUAUGUCUCUUAAAUGAUGGGAUUCGACAUAAUUGCUCCAAUAUAUUUAUCAUCUUUCUUUAGCUAUGAUCUCUUGACCUAAAUCCGAUGGUCAAUCGAGUUACUCUCACUGCCUUUGGUUGUGAAAUUGGUGGUCUGAUAAUUUAUAAUACCAACAAUCUUCUUCCAUUACUUAAUGUUGGGUUAAGAUGUUAAGAUGUUUUUCAAGCGGUAGAGAGUUGGUAGACCAUCCUCUACUGAAGUUGUCAUAUGAGAUUUUAAGAGUAAAAUAGUUGUAAUUAGCUCUGCCUGUUGCAUCUUGCAGUCUCAAAGAGAUCGCCUUCAUGGCAAUUCUGAGGCUCUCUUCCUUUCAUGCUUCUGUUGCCACUCAUUGUCAUUAUUGUUAUAGAACUCCUCCUUUUUCAGUGUUUUGAACAAAAACUAAUAUAGUUUCUAUGAUACUUCUGGUACUUGUAGACUGACCAGAAAGAUUUGAUAUCUUCUUGUUGAUUUAGGUUAGAAAAGAACAACAAGAACAAAUAUUGAUUUAGCUUUCUGAAUAAUUGACUAAACAAGAAUGUCAUGCAAUUUCCAGUUUUCUGUUUUGAAGUGACUAGGAGUUUUGUUCUGUUGAUUUUAUAUAUCUGCUUUUGUGGAUGUAAGAUGUGAUUGCUAAAGUGAUCAGCUCCCUAGCUUAUGAUUCUAGAGGGAGUAAAUAGUGGCUCCAAAGUUUAAUGGCCCCUUGAAGGCGCAUUUAUCAAGCUUCUUGAACCAUUUGAUUAGUGAUUUGUUCGAUAAGUCUUGUAAAUGAUGGGUUUCUGUCUCACUUUUAGUGAUUUCAGGAGUUUCCAGAGCGGUUAGUCAUCAAAUUGGUUUUUGGUUAUAAGAAUCCAAUGUUUUUUGGAGCAGCCAUGGAAGAUGUUUUUUCAGAGCAUCUUCUAACACAAUCAAGUCUAAGCUGCAAGUUUUGAAGCAUAUCGCUGUGGUUAGUCGAGACUGCCAAGCAUGCUUGUUGGCUGCAAUUAUUUCAUCCGCUGUGAUGAUGGCUAUUAAGCUCAUUCUACCACCUAUACUUGUUGAUAUUGCUCAUCUCUUCAUGUGAUUUUACACUCGAAGAUCAACAUUAACCAUGAUAGCUCGCUCUUACUAUCAUUUGUAAUGAAGUCCUGUGAUCCCUUGUUGAACCAGAUCCUGAUUCAGUCAGAUCAGAUGAAAACAUCCGGGAUGGAAUUCCCUUUUGCUCUCUGCCUCAGAUGGCCAAAGCCUGAGAUCUUCCUUGUCGGCUGGUGAUUUUAAACUGUCCAACCGAUUCAGCAAUUUGUAGACAUGUUAAUGAGGUGUUCUUUUACUUCUUUUGGAACUCAAUUUGCCAUAUCUUCCGUGCUGCUUGUAGUUUUGCAGCCGAAAGAUGUGGAUUAGCUGAACCCUGCUAGAUAACUUGCAUCCUUCUUGAAAGUUGUAUCUUAGCUCUAUAACAGGCAACGUAUUUUUUCUCAA